ACCCCCUCUACUCUACCCUCCUCUUUCUAGUCCUUCACAAUACGGUCCCUCACCAACACCGACGUUUUGCUAUCCCGCCUGAGAUGCCUCCUCCCUCCCCACCUCCGCUUUUAGCACAAUUCCUUGAUAUCGUUUCCAAUUCCCGAAUCCACCAAAACCAUGAGCAGCUUAGUCGCUGUCUAUUGCUCUCGCCAGCCUCACUUUUGAAUAGCCCGCCGAUGAUCACUUUGAUGACUGAGCUUCGGGGCUACAAUCACCGGGAUUCGGUCGAAGGAGUGCUUGCUCAGGAUUGGCCUGGGUUCGUCGACGUUAUCGUGGCUUACUUGGACUAUGUUAAGUCCGUACAUUCUAAGAUAAACUCAAGCAUUGAGGACAUGCUCGGCUGGUUCUCCAAUCUCAAGGAAUUCAUGGGGUAUAGCGAUUCUUCUCUCCCCACUCGACACUCCUGAUUCUCACAUGUUUGGAAGGGUGCUCAAUCCGGUCUUCAACUCUGUCCAGGGAACCAUCUUUGUCACCGUGAUUAAGGCCGCAUCUGCGUUGUUCGCCUCCUCCGCACUUCGAAUAGAUGCUCUGUCCCGGAACCCUCGCUGUCCGUGCUCCGAAGCCGCGAUGAACGUACUCCUGCGUUCCUUCAACUCCACACUUGGCGAACGUACGGCUGCAACGGCCACUGCGCCGACAUUGCGGACCAUUGGAAAGAAGGCCGCAACAGUACGACUUGCCAAUGACCUUUUUAAGCUCUACUUCAAGGUGACAUGCCUCUUGCCCCCCAGCCGCUCUCACUCUAUGCUGUGGUAUUUCGCUGACCAUUUUCAAAGUUGAACCAAAUUCGUCUCUGUGCUACAAUCCAUUCAAACAUCAAAACCGCCUCGAUUCCGUCCUAUUUAGACUUAUAUCCGAAGUCUGAGCAGUGUGCAUACAACUACUACCAUGGCCGCCACUAUUUCUAUGCAGAUCAGUUCAUGAAUGCUCUCACCACUCUCGAGCGUGCCUAUGUGCUGGCCCGACCGCGAGAUCACAAACAACGAAAACUAAUCGCGCGCUACAUGAUCGCAGCUGCCAUAAUACUCGGCAAAUUUCCAUCAGACGCGCUACUGGCAAGACCCGAAUGUGCAGGUUUGGGGGGCAUGUUUCUUCCCAUCUGUCACGCGAUACGUCUAGGGGACUUUCGGGGAUUCCGGCGUGCGUUGGGCGACGAGGGCCCUGAGUCUGGCAGAAAGCGGUUUUGGAUUCGGACAGAGCUGUACCUGACACUUAAACUCAGAUGUCAAAUACUGCUAUGGAGAGGCCUUGUGCGACGCGCCUUUUUGCUCACUCGCUCUGAGCAAACCGGGAUGAGAAAGAAAGGACCGCCCACGCUCGACAUGAGACAUAUUUUAAUACUAGCAAGAUUUCUUCACGGCCCAGAGCGGGUUGACAAUCCUCUUUUCCUCGGAGAGGGUUUCCAUCGCGACGAGGAUUCAGACACGGACUCAGAUCUCGGGGACGACGAAACAAGUUAUUUUGGACUACGGUUAGCAACGGUGGAUGUGGAAUGCACCAUUAUAAGUUUGCUGGAUCAGGGAUUUAUCAAAGGAUACAUUGCGCGUCAAUCUUCAGGGCCCGUACUUGUUCUGGGCAAGUCCGAUGCGUUCCCACCUGUUGCCGAGCUCUACCGGGAGGAAAGGUUUCCUGAGGAAGACGUGAUGGAAUCAGACUACGAAGGAGGCCCUUUCAGUACCCACAUGGCCUCGGCCGGUGGUGGCGGCGGUGGUAGCGUGGUGCGUCUCAGUGGAGUCAAGCCCAUUGGGUUCAAAGGCUGAAGGGGUUGUCUUGUACUCUUUUGUUCCAAGGGAUAUCUGGUGUUUUGGCGUUCUUUAUUCGCUACAUUCUGGGCCCGGGACCAGCGAAAGAUAUAUCACUGCCCGUUUCCUCUUUCUUCUUUUCCCCCCUCCACCACUUUAUGUAUUCUAUUCUACCCGUAUCAUUGUGGGUUUCUAGAAGCUCAACGGCCCGUAUAUAUCGGUUUCUGAU